ACCUUUUCCUGUGGAACUCUGGAGGUGCCUUGGGCUGCUGUGAAAGCCAAGACUGCUUGGAAACCAGGAAAGCCUGGCUGUGCAACCCUGCCCUGCUGGCACUGUGGCUGUGCUGUCUUAUCAAGGCUGUGCAGCUCCUCCUUGUGCCAGAGCCCUGAUCUCACUCUGCAAAAGAGGAAACAGCAGCACAGCACAGGGCUCAGACUCCCCUGCAAUAAGUUGGUGACAGAAACAACGGCAAAUCCCACUUGCACAUCAAUUUUCUCACUUCGAGUCACCAGAAGGGCUUUUUUUUGGUUUUUAUUGUCCUCAUCUUCUGUCAUCUCAGAUACUAUCUUAGGUGAGAACCUUGUUCUCAAGCUACAAGUGCUGUUAGGGGCAGAGCUGUCAGAUGGACUCUGCUGAGGGGGAGUUCCGUGCCUGGGCACGGCUGGAGUGUCCCCACCCCGCUGUAAUUCUCUGUAUUGCUAGGUGGGGAUUGGCAACCAUGGAUGCAAGCCCAAGGAGCAACACAGCUGCACAGCACAGCCUGGCCAAGGCGCUCUACGACAACAAGGCCGAGUGCUCGGACGAGCUGGCGUUCCGCAGGGGCGACAUCCUGACGGUGCUGGAGCAGCAGGUGCCGGGCAGCCGGGGCUGGUGGCGCUGCUCCCUGCACGGCCGCCGCGGCCUGCCCACCUACGAGAGGAUGGAGGGCUGGCUGCGGCCGCCCGGCCCGGCCCGACCCGGCUACCAGGCGCCGGCCCUGGCGGCGCGGCUGCUCAGCGACAGGACCGCGCGCCCCGCGCACCAGCACCUGUUUACCCUCCCAAGAGCCUGCCGGGCUUCAGCCCCAAACAUCAGGGGGGAGGUGUAUGAUGUCCCCUCCAUGCAGCACUGCAGGUCCCUGCUCUCACAGAGUGGUGCCACUCCCCCCAGCACCCGGAAGAGCUCCAUGCUGGGCAGAUCCACUGAGAGCUUCCAGGCAGAGCAGAAGCAGCUUUACAACAUCCCAUCCAAGCCAGAAAAGGCAGGAGCUGGCAGCCAGGACUCCCCAGCAGGCAAUAGUGGUGCCACUCCCCCCAGCACCCGGAAGAGCUCCAUGCUGGGCAGAUCCACUGAGAGCUUCCAGGCAGAGCAGAAGCAGCUUUACAACAUCCCAUCCAAGCCAGAAAAGGCAGGAGCUGGCAGCCAGGACUCCCCAGCAGGCAAUUUAUAUGACGUCCCUCCCAAAAGAGAGCUCGAUGACUCAGAAAAUAAAUCUCAGAAGAAGUGCUGGGGCCAUUACAACACUUUGCCAAACCCUCGGAAAUCAGAAUGGAUUUACGACAUCCCAGUAUCACCCGAAAAUUCCGGAUUCCAACCAAACCCUGCGGGCCGGUGUGUGGAGAAGCAGGUGCUGUAUGACAUCCCCCCAGCCAGGUUCAAGGCUGCAGCCACAAGCACUGAGGCCACGGCUGGAAAUGCACAGCUGUACGAUGUCCCGCCAGCGCAGCGGAAAGCAGCGCUUCCAGAAACGCCCCUCUACGACGUCCCAUCCUCACGGGACGUGCUCCUGCUGCCACACAGCAGCAGCUCCGAGGCGCCCCCCAGCCUCCUGCCUGCCCAGGCCGGCGACCACAACUCUGAGGAGAACGUUUAUGACAUUCCCAAAGGUUUGCCCAGUGCCGGGCACUCCAAGAAGGAGAUGGAGAACAACAGUGAUGGUUUUGGAGACCAAGCACGCGGUGCUUCUCCACAGCUCUCGAUGGAUGCCAGCUCAGAAAACAACAAUUUGUGUGUCUCCGGUGUGGAGAGCAGAAGCAGCACUCUGUCCUCAUCCUCCAGCUCUUCUGCUGAGUUGUUUUCUACGUUGUCACCAUCAGCAGAGCCUGUCCAAGAAAUCAAACUGGAGCUGGAGGCAGCCAUCGAGACCCUGACCCGGCUGCAGCACGGCGUGUCCAGCUCCAUCGCCAGCUUAAUGAUCUUUGUCAGCAGCAAGUGGAGAUUGCAGGAGCACCUGGAGGAAAGCCUGGAGGAGAUCCACAGAGCAGUGGACCACAUAAAGGUGUCCAUGGGAGAGUUCCUGGCCUUCGCUCAAGCCCUGAAGGGAAACGCCUCCAACCUCACGGAUAACAACCUGCAGGCCAGACUUAAAAAGCAGCUGGAAAUCCUCGUGAACUCCUACAAAAUAUUGACAGAAACGAGGGAAGCUCUCAACAGCUGCAGCUGGUCCCUGGAGGCUUUGGUGCUGAAGAAGCCCCAGAACAACCCUGACGACCUGGAUCGCUUCGUUAUGGUGGCCAGGACAAUUCCAGACGACAUCAAGAGGUUUGUGUCCAUCAUCAUCGCCAACGGGAAGCUGCUCUUCAGGAAGAAUGAGAAGGAGCAAGAAAAGAAGCAACCAAAAGUGAACCUGGAAUGCAAAAUGGCAAAACAAAUCCCAGUGCCAAGAAGAGUAGAAAUUGAGUCACUCCAGAGAAAUGCUCCUGAGAAAUCCAGCCAAAGCCGGGUCCCUGAGGAGAAACCCGAAGAAAGUUCCAGUGAGGAUUGUGAUUAUGUCCAGUUACAGGUUUUGCCAUGUGCAAAAAAGACUGAAAAUGCCAGCAGGCAGGAGCCUGCCCGGAAAAUCCCCCUCCCCGAGCACUGCAGGCUGUGCUUCGCCGCCCUGCACAAAGCCAUCGGCGUGUUCAGCGCCAGCCUCAGCAGCCAGCAGCCCCCCGAGAUCUUCAUCUCCCACAGCAAGCUCAUCAUCAUGGUGGGGCAGAAGCUGGUGGAUUCUCUGUGCCAGGAGACCCAGGAGAGGGAGGCCAGGAGCGACAUCCUGCACGGCAGCAGCCGCUUCUGCAGCCUCCUCAAGAGCCUGGCGCUGGCCACCAAGAGCGCGGCGCUCAAAUAUCCCGACGCCGAGGCCACCAGGGAGCUGAGGGAGCAGGCAGAGCAGCUGGCAGCCUACAGCCAGCAGUUCAGAGCCUCCAUGGACUGACACUGCCACUGCCACUGCCACUGCCACUGCCACGGCCCGGCUGCCCCGGCCACCGAGCCGCACGCGGAACUCCCGCCAGGAAUUGCGGGUGAAAUGUCAGCAGGUGAACAUCCCCACACUCAGAAUUCCCACCAGGAAUUCCCUGGGUGAGCUGUUAGCAGGUGAACAUCCCCACACUCAGAAUUCCCACCAGGAAUUCCCUGGGUGAGCUGUUAGCAGGUGAACAUCCCCACACUCAGAAUUCCCACCAGGAAUUCCCUGGGUGAGCUGUUAGCAGGUGAACAUCCCCACACUCAGAAUUCCCACCAGGAAUUCCCUGGGUGAGCUGUUAGCAGGUGAACAUCCCCACACUCAGAAUUCCCACCAGGAAUUCCCUGGGUGAGCUGUUAGCAGGUGAACAUCCCCAC